CUCAAGGUUUCUCCUACCUUCAUAUUUCAUGCUCUUGAUUCUUGCUUGGCUGGCCAUAGCAGCAAGCGAGCUCCGUACCCCGCUGCAAACUUUCCUACACUACAGAGAAGCCGCUUACCAGACUACGACUUCCACCGUCUACGAGCAAGGCACGGGCCUCAACUGCUACCAAACCCCUCGUCAUCGCGUUCAACAAUGCAAUGAAGCAGAAGGGUUGAACAGUACCCUACACGAGCUACGUGAGCAGCUGCGUGCACUGCUGACUCAACAAAUUUCUCUGCCCGUCACUUCACGAUUCUCUGUCAAGCCUCCGGAUGUUGUCGAGGCUCCUCUCCACUACGUGCAACACUCUCGUGGUUUUGCAUUCGUCCCCUUUGGCCUUGCCACGUUCAUUGGCGCAACCCCAACCACUUUCAACCCGACUCAUUUUUACUCUGCCGAAGUGAGGGGGGGAAGGAGGAUCUACACGCACUUCGUCAAAGCCAAAAUUCGUCAUCAACAAGGGAAGCACGCGAUUGGUCUACCAUUUGACCAAUGGAAUGACCGCCGACUACUUACAGCACAUGAAGUUUACACGUCAGAAGAUUCCAAAUUGCAGAUUUCAUUCGCCGGACUCCAACCACGACGUGACUACAUCGAACUUCCAGGAAUGAAGGGGAGUGUUGUGGUAAAUGAAGUUUCGCAUUCCUGCAAGUUCCGUUUUCAGUGUAGUUAGCAGUAUCGAGUUUCUCAGUAAGUAAACAGGUCCGAGUGCUGAUGUCAGCAAAGCAUCGUGGGUCUCGGCAUGACGUCAGCAUACUGCUUCAGUUACGCGAUUAGGCGUAACGAACCGUUUCAGUCACGCGAACAGUCGCGGCCCUAUAGUAUGACGAAUAGGUCGCAUAGCGCGAUGGUGACAAACAGGUACAUUAGCGAACAGGUUCACUCUGAUAAGACUUCCGCUGUCUUACUAGUCUACCAUUCCAGCAAAGAUCCUUGGUUAAGUACUCGUGUUUGUAGAUUCUAUACUUAGUCUACUACAACACCAGACGUUUUAUUUCAUGGUAUGAGAGCUAUCUGGAAUUAAGACUACCGUCAACUAUGACUGGUUCAUCACCAGCACCAUCUGCUGGAUCAGUUACUGGGACUACUGGAGCACAUGUCUCCACUACUGCCACUGGUCUCUCAGCCUCUGGGCCAUUACCACCAGCCUACGCUAAUAUCGGUAUGCAACAGCAGAAUCCACCUUCUGUCAAUACUCCAGGUGCUCCAUCGACUGCACCUGCAGCGCAACAGCAACAAUCACAGACAUCAGCACAUCAACAAGCGUCGGUACAGCCACCAGUUUCAACGCAAUCGAUUUCAUCUGCGUUCAGUGGAAUGAGCCUUGACGGCUCAAGUUACAUGUGUGGAGCUACAACUCCAAGUACUGGUUCGUUCGCUUUCUCACCUUUCGUACAGCAGCCGCAGUCGCAGCAGUUUCAGCAUCCUUUCUAUAUCUUCGGUCGUUCCCCUGCUCAGCAACAACAACAGCAGUAUCAGCAACCACAGCCAGUACAGCAACAGCAACAGCAACAAUAGCAGCAACAACAACAACAACAACAACAGCAACAGCAACAGCAACAACAGCAACAGCACGGCAUUGUUUUUCAGCCUCCAAAUUUACUUAACAAUACUCAGAUCAAGACAACCGUACCUUUUAAUGGUGUUGACUUCUACUCCUGGAGCUUUGAGUUUGAGCUUCUGGCGCAGUCCGCUGGGCUAUGGCCGUUCUUCACUGGCGAGUUUACGUAUCCUGUCGUGGGAACACAAGUGGAGCAGCAGAGUUUCUUGCACGCCUCUCUCGGGGCAUAUACAGUUCUUGUACGGAACCUGUCGCCGAAGGAGCAGCUCGGCGUCCGAUCUUUUCACUCAAGUUUUACACCAGCCGAAACUGCAUGGAAUCAUCGAAAGGGGUAUACAUGGCAAAGGAUACGAUAACAGUGAGUAAAAUACUUUCGCAGCUGACAAGUGUGCAGAUGAUGACAAACGAAAAUGUCAUGGACUACGUUAACCGUGUCCGUACACUACGCGAUCAACUGGAGAAAAGUGGAGGAUACUUCCCUCGUGAGAUGUAUCUCACGGUCCUUCUUGCUGGCCUUGGACCCGAAUGGCGACAGAUGCGCGCCUUCCUGCGUAUGAACCCAAACCUCUCCGAAGCUGAAAUUUCGUCGUAUCUUCAAGCAGAACAGCAAGAUCUUGACCUGCAGUUACAACGCAACAAAAAGAGGGAUAUACAACUCAGUUUCUAUUCAACAGCAACUCGACGUCCUCGACACUUCUGUCAAAUUUGCAACAAGGGAGGACAUUCUACCGACCGAUGCUAUUUUAACAAGAAGUAUUUACCUCAUGAAGAAUCGCAGAGGACGCAAUCAUCACAGCAACUACGACAGCCUUUGAAGCAGUUUUUGCAGAAUCCUACGCCUCCAAAAUCAGCAUCUGCAAUAUCAACACCCCCAACGACACUCAGUUCUGCCCCUCCAAGCAACUCAUCAAAGCCGACAGCCACUACUUCAAACUCUGCCACUAAUACGGUAACUUCAAAUUUUCGUUUACCUACUUCAUCCACUCACAUGGUCAAUUGCAGUACAGAUACUGAUACUUGGUACUUGGAUAGUUGUUGUGGCCAUCAUAUGGUCUCUUCAACCAAUCCUUUCAUCUACAACCGUCGUCGACUUCUUCAACCCUGCCCAAUCACACUCGCCAACGGUCAAACAAUUUCAGCAGAAAAUAUCGGCAGUCUACUUUUGACAUCAAUCGAUACGGGAAAGUCUUUAUGCCUUACCAGC